AUGUUUAAAAUCCGACCAUUGUUGAGUGCCUUAGUUAAUCACAAAGUGACGUUGGAGAGAAACGGUGGCCUUUGUCAAUUAUUUUGCAUGAUGAGUGAAGAAUCCAGAGAUGAAGAGACGGCCAAGCUGCUGAAAAGAGCCAAUGAGGAAAAUGAUGCUGAGAAAGUUAAGGAUACAAAAAAACUAAAAGUGGAAGUGGAAACCACUGAAGAUGAUAAGAAAUACCCCAAAAAGAAAGUGGUCCUCCUCUUGGCAUACUCUGGAAAGGGAUACUAUGGCAUGCAGAGAAAUCCAGGAACCUCGCAGUUUAGGACCAUUGAGGAUGAUCUGGUCACUGCACUUAUUAAAUCGGGUUGCAUUCCAGAAAACCAUGGCAACGACAUGAAGAAGAUGUCUUUUCAAAGAUGUGCCAGGACAGAUAAGGGCGUGUCUGCAGCUGGCCAAGUGGUGUCUCUAAAGCUACGGUUAAUUGAAGACAUCGUUGAAAAAAUCAAUGAGCAUCUGCCAUCACAGAUCCGAGUGCUCGGUCUUAAACGGGUGACCCAAGGCUUCAAUUCCAAAAACAACUGUGAUGCCCGUACAUACGCCUAUAUGCUUCCAACUGUGGCCUUUUCCCCAAAAGACUAUGAUACUGGCAAUAUAGCCGCGUUUCGCCUCGAGCCAGAGACACUUCAGAGGGUGAACCGUCUGUUUGCGCUCUACAAAGGCACCCAUAACUUCCACAACUUCACCUCUCAGAAGGCUCCAAGUGACCCAAGUGCUCGCCGCUAUAUCACAGAGAUGUCUUGUGGAGAACCUUUUAUCAACAGCAACACUCAGUUUGCAGUGAUCACUGUACGGGGCCAGAGCUUUAUGUUGCACCAAAUCCGGAAGAUGAUCGGCCUGGUGAUUGCGGUGAUAAAGGGCUACGCGAAGGAAGACGUGAUGGAGCGGAGCUGGGGACAGGAGAAAGUGGAUGUGCCCAAAGCUCCAGGACUGGGGCUGGUCCUGGAGAGGGUUCACUUUGACCGGUAUAACAAACGAUUCGGAGGUGACGGGCUGCAUGAGCGGCUGGAUUGGGAAUGUGAGGAGGAGGCAAUAAAGGCCUUCAAGGAGGCUUACAUCUACCCCACCAUUGUGGAGACAGAGUGUCAGGAGGGCUCCAUGGUCAGCUGGAUGUCCACACUUCCUAUCCAUGACUUUGAAGCUUCAGCCACAGCCACUGACACGCAAGACAAUAAAGACCAGAAACAGGACAAUGCAGAUGUAGGAAAUGACUCUGAUUAGGUCCCCCUGCCUGCUGUAAGAAGACGUUUUCUCACCAAAACUUUUUCUCUUUAUUAAAUAUUUUAGUAUAUCUUCCAAGUUGGACUUUUUUUUUUUAGUGGUAUUCAAAUCGGCUUUACAAAUGUUAUUAAACAAACGUGACAAUAAAGCCUCUCUGUUCUUUAUUGUA